CCAAUGGGCGCACAAUUAUGCUACUUACAUAUUUAGAACCCGCAAAUGACGCACACUUCAUUGGUAAAGUGUGAAUCAGCGGAUUAUUUAUAUCGCAUGCCAGAUUUACACGACUACCAUAGAUAAUAGAUAUACACGACUACAGAAUGGAACAAAAUGAUAUACCUAUUUGAUCAUGAAGCCGUUUAAAUGCAAAAUCUGUGAAAAACGCUUUGCAUAUAAGUAUAGUUUAAAUAUUCACGUAGGAUCCCAUUUUGGUGGAAAACCGUUCAAAUGUGGUAUCUGCGAAAGUUUCUUCUCCGAUAAGGUCGCUUUUAGUGGUCACAUGCAAAUCCAUCUCGACAUAAAGCCUUUCAAAUGUGGUAUAUGUGAAAAUUGCUUCUCCUGUAAGAGUAUUUUGAAUCAACACAUGCUAAGCCAUUUGGAUGAAAAGCCUUUUAAAUGUAGUAUCUGCAAAUCUUGCUUUAACUCUAAUAACACUUUAAAAGUACACAUGAAAAUCCAUUCGGAUCAGAAGCAAUUUAAAUGCAAAACCUGUGAAAAGAGCUUCCCAAAUAAGACUCCUUUAAUUUCUCACAUGAGAGUUCAUACUGGUGAGAAACCAUUUAAAUGCAGUACCUGUAAAAGAUGCUUCACCCAUAGGAGCAGCUUGAAACAACACAUGAAAACCCAUUCGGGUCAGAAGCAAUAUAAAUGCAAUAUCUGCGAAAAGAGCUUUACACACAAGACUACUUUAACUGUUCAUAUGAGAGUCCAUACUGGUGAGAAACCAUUUAAAUGCAGUAUCUGUGAAACACACUUCACCCAUAGGGCCACCUUGAAUCAACACAUGCUAGCCCAUUUAGAUGAAAAGCCUUUCAAGUGUAUUAUCUGCAAAUCUUGCUUUAGCACCAAUUCCAAUUUAAAAGUACACAUGGACGUCCAUUCUAGUGAGAAACAGUUUAAAUGCAAAAUCUGCGAAAAAAGCUUCGUACAUAAAUGUACUUUAAAUGUUCACAUGAGAAUUCACCAUUUAUGCAGUGUUUGUAAAAGAUACUUCUCCCAUAAGAACACUUUUAAUGAACACAUGCAAAGCCAUUUGAGCAAGAAGCUAUUCAAAUGUGAAGCCUGCAAAAAUAACUUUACAUGAAAGGAUUAGUUAUACAAGCACAUGAAAAACAUUUUUGUGGAAAAUUCAAAUGUGAUCAAUGUAAUGGACACUGCAUACAAGGCUCACUUAAA